AACCUCAUAUCGCACAACCACGCGGGGCAUCUUGUCCUCUGCGCGCAACAAGUGAAAGUGGAGCCCUUUUCGUGACGUGGCUCGACAAAGUCUCACACACACACACACAAAAAAGUGCAAGUGUUAGCAAACCUUCGAAAGUUUGAAAUGAGCCUCCGCAUUUGGACCUUUCCAACAUUUGGAUUUUCACGCGAGUUCACCUGCGAGCAGCCGCGAGUCGCUUGAAAGGAGCUCAACGGUCGGUCGUUUCGCCUUCGACUGUUCCAGAAGGUUUGCGCCAUUCGCGACUUUUGGCAGUUAUGGCGACGAACGAAGACCCUGCGGGGACGCCGCGAGACGGAGAGCCCGGCGGUCCGGUGAAGAGCUUCCAAGUCCCGGCCGCGCCCGGUCCGGCGCCCUUCGCGCGUGUCCCCAAGGCCCAAGUCCACCAAGCCUCCUCGCUCCAGACGUCGCCCCCCGCCAUCGUGGUGGUCACGGCCAAGGUGGCCGACCCCGGCGGACCCAAGCCGGUUCUGAGCCAGACCGCCGCCGCCGCCGCCGUCACCCCGACCUCGGCCCAGAGGAGGACGGUGGUGAUCACGGUGCCCAGGUCGGCCGGGCCACCUUUGCCCGUGGCCCCGCAGUUGCCCGCCAACAUCCACAUCCCACCAGGUAUGGUGCUGAUCCGCAGCGACGGCGGUCAGCUGAUGCUGAUGUCCCGGCAGGCUCUGGCGCAGGUCCAGCAGGGCGCGAGAUCCGGCGGCGGCCCGGCGGGCGCGAUUCCGUCCCCGCAGGUACGUGCGCCGCCGGGCCCGAGCCCACGUUCGUCGUCCGUCGGACGGCAGGCCGCCGCGGGUCAAAGCGGCGAGAAGGUGACGAUGCUCAGGAUGCCGACUUCUGCGACGUUCCGGCCGGCGGCGCUCCAGAACCCGGCCGUGGUCAAGGUGAUCGGCCCGGCCGCGGUUCCGACCCGCAUGACGACAGCCGAGCGCGGGGCCCCUUUCCGGCCGGUCGCCGUGGUGACCAAGAAAGAGCCCCCACCCGCGUUGAGUCAGGAAACGCUGGAGAGCGUCAAGAAGUGCAAGAACUUCCUGGUGACGCUGAUGAAGCUGGCGUCCAGCGACUCAAAGUCUGCCAACAUGGCCACCAACGUGCGCGACCUGGUCAGGAACCUGCUGGAAGGCAAGAUGGAAGCGGACGAGUUCACGGAGGCGCUCUAUCGGGAGCUCAAGUCCACACCGCAGCCCUGCUUGGUGCCCUUCCUCAAGAAAAGUCUCCCAGCAGUGCGUCGGCUCACCGCAGACCCGCAGGCCUUCAUCCAGCAGGCCUGCUGCUCCUCCUCCGUCGCAGUGAAGAACCCCAAUGGGGACCCGGCUUCAAGUCCAAAAACCCUCCAUCAGUCAAGCGGAGCGAGCGCGUUGCCCCAGUCCAGAACUUUGGCCUCCAAGAGCUUCGGAACCACGUCUUCCCCCGGAGUCGCCCCGGUCCAGUUGGGGAAACCCUUCGCAGGGGGGCUCUCCGUGAGGCCACCUUUAGCUCGAGAUCCUCCAUGCGCCACCAGACUUGCUCUCGGGAACUCUUCAGCCUCGUCGUACAAAGAAGACGACGACAUCAACGACGUGGCGUCCAUGGCGGGCGUCAACCUGCGCGAGGAGAACGCUCAGAUCCUGACCGGCGCCGUGGGCUCGGUGGUGCGGUCGUGCCAGGAUCAGCUCUUCCUGUCGGCCGGCCCCGCGCUGGGCCGCAUCCUGCGCGCGGGGCGCCCGCUGGGGGUGACGGAAGUGGGGCCCGAGGUGGUGGCGCUGGUUUCUCACGCCACUCAGGAGUGUCUCCGCGGCCUCCUGGAGAAGCUGACCGUGACGGCGGACCACCGCAAGGCGGCGCCCGAGGACGACCUCCGGCACGACGGGGUGAGCGACGUGCGCUCGCAGCUGCGUUUCCUGGAAGAGGUGGACGCCUUGAAGAAGAAGAGGAAGGACGAAGAGGAGAAGGACAGGCUGAUGCGCUUGGCCAGGGUCAGUCGGAUGCGUGAAGUCCGGCGCUCGUUCCCGUCUCGAACCGCCGUCCUCCUCUCACUCUCGCUUCUGACCCCGCUGCGCCGGCAGAGUCGCUCCCACCCGGACGAUCCGCUGCAGCAGCAACUGAGGCAGAGAGCCAAAGAGGUGACUUUGCACUCGCUUGUUCGUGCUCGGGGACGCUCGCUCGUCGGCCACGUUUUUGUCGUCGUCGUCCAGUUACAGCAAAUGGAAGAAGCGCAGCUGCAGCAGAGAGAAGCCAACCUCACCGCUCUGGCGGCCAUCGGCCCGAGGAAGAAGAAGGCGCCCAACCACACGGGAGGCCACGUGCGUGCGUUUGUCCCACCGCCCCCCAGGCAGCGCGUGAGUCGCGUCACGCUGCGAGAUUUGCUGCUGUGCAUGGAGCACAACCACUUCCUGCGCCGCUCGCUCACCUUCUACAAGGCCACGCUGUGACCGGACCAGCCCGCACGUGCAACUUUCGGCUGUCCCCCCCCCAAAACCCUCCAAUCGGCUUUUCUCAUGAACGGGAACGCAAAGGCCGCUCCGUUCGUCGACUGCAUUAUAGACCCCCAAAAACAAAGAGGCAAAUGUAAUGACUCAAUUUGAUGUUGUACUUUAUAAAAACAAGCACUAAUGGAAGAGGUGUGAGCAAGUUGGGCAUCACAGUUGAAUGCCGUUAUCCCUUCGUGGCGCUGCUCCACGCGUGGCCACUUGGUGGCAGUAUAACGUUUGUAGAGACAACGUGCAGCUGCCGUGAAUUACUGACGCUCAUCGUUGCCAUGAAAAAAAGUCCACCUGUGUGAUGUCACUGUAUUCAUCUUUUUUUCCCACAGCAUGAAAAAUUGGAGCAAGCUUCUAGUUUUGUUUGUCUACAUGCUUCUGCAUCGACUCUACUUUUGUUAGUCCAUCACUUUUUGUUAGCAUUAAGCUAGCGGCUUAGUUCCUAAGGCAAGUCUUUGUUUCACGUUUAGGUUUUGGGAGGAAUUUUUGCUUGUUGUGACUUGAGUUGACCUUGCUCCUUCCGUGUACGUCCCUUUGGAAAAGUUUUGCUGACAAGUCAAGGCGAAAAAAAAAAUCCUCCUGCUCAUAUCUCAAAGCUGGCAAGUCUCAAGGCACCGCUAUCAUAUCAGAUUGAGCUUUCGCAUUUUGUUGGUUAAAAUAUUAUUGUUGUGUUCAAAUUUGCGUUGAAGUCUUCUUGACCUUUUCCAAAGAGGAACCU